UUGGGUGUCAGUCUGGGCAUACAGAGUCUCGGUGUUACAGUGUUCGGUCAAGACUUCCCCAACCGCCUUUUUUCUCCACAUUUCUUCCUGUAAAACCUUGCGAAGAUGUUGCUGCGAGUGUGCCUUGCGUUGUGUCUUGCUGUUACAGUCGCUGCGGAGGACGUGAGCCACGAGCGGGGACAAAGCCACACGUUCGAGUGUACCUUCCCGAUCAGCGCGGAUAGAUACAUUCUCAACUGGAUGAAGAAUGACGAGUCGGUCAUGAAUUACUUCACUGGCGACCCAGCUCCGACCUUCACCGGUGACCUUGAGGACCGCGCAGGCGUCAGUCUGGUAAACAGAAGGAAUCUGGAGAUCCAAAACCUUCGGAUCUCUGACGAAGGGGAGUACUACUGCAGCGUAAGCGAGCUCGGAGAAGGCGGCCAGAGUGGCGAUGGGAUGCGGUACCAGCUGGUGGUGUAUGUACCCCCUACGAUCUCCGUGAGUGGAGGACCGUACGAGGCGGAGGUUGGAGGGAAGAUGAUGGUCACCUGCCGUGCGAACAGCCAUCCCCCCUCCAACUUCACAUGGACUAGUCCUCUUGGCGAAAUAUCACAUGGGGCAGUGUUGGAACUCACCAACAUGACCACAAACGAUAUAGGGAGGUACAUGUGCAUGGCAAACAACGGCUACGGGGUCGCCUCUGCGUAUGUGGACAUCUCCAUGAAAGGUUACGCCGCUCCAUCCAUGACGACUGAAUCAGGUUACGCCGCUCCACCAAUGACGACUGAAUCAGAACGAGUGGUGGGAGGAAGUGACGUCAUGCGUGCCACGGGGCUUCCCAUCAUGCUCCUGCUCAUCGCAAGUCUUCUGCUUCCGGUCUUCUUUUCUUGACGUCAUCAAAAUGGAAUUCUGUGACAACUACAAUAAAAGUAGUUGAAACUCUAACACAUGUCUAAGGUCGAACCUCAUGGCUUAUACUAAUGGCAUUUCUCAUUGAAAUUCUCAGUUCAAAGACUUUUUUUAAAAACUGCAAAGAUCUUUAACAACUGGAAGACUUCUUAAAACUUUAGCAGAGAAUUCAACGACAAAUGUCAUCGGUACUUUAGCUGCUUUUGAACAUGGCUUGCUUUUAUGUUAAAAGCAGCUAACGUGUCUAUGGUUUUCUUAUUGUGAUUUUACAAUCUGCAUACCCGGCCAGUUACUUUUACGGUAACAUUUUUGUUCUCUGUAACAAGGAGGUUAUACGUGUGUUAUCUGCCCUGUAAACUCAGGGUUUGUUGUACUAGGCUGUCUUAGAAAAGACGUAUCCGUCUGCGAAUCUUCUGCUAUGUUUAACUUCUGUGCUGUGACAUUCUGUGAUGUUUUCCUUCAUUUGAAUGCAGAAACAAUUAUAUCCAGGUUUGAUGUUGUGAAUAAUACCAUUUUAGUGACAUUAAAUCGUACUAUUCGUAGACUGGUUAUGAGAUUGUCUUUGAAAAGUUCGAAGUGUGUAGCAUGUGUGAUUUCAGAGCUGGAUGUGACCUGUAGGAUAGUUGAUAUUGUGUGACGAAUGAAAUCAUGGUUUGUUCUACAUUUCAUUGUUUUAUGCCACUUUCCUUGUCCAAAGAAUACUGAAAUUUCUAAUAAACUGUUGUUUGAAACAGGA